UUCUGAGCAGCCCCCUCCCACACCGAGGCAGAUCCAGCCGGCCGCGCUGCUGCAUUUUCUCCACCCAGAAACGCUCCUAGCAGCUCUUUUUUGCAACUUUCCCCCUUACCAAUCUUUGGCAUAAAUCAGCCAAUUCCCCAACUUUCUGUGGCUGCAGGGGGCUGGUGCAAAGGAUUAAUUAUUUGCUUUUCCCGGGGUGCGUAAUGCAGGCACAGGGAGAAGGUCGGGCUCAGUCACCUGACGCUGCAAAUCUUGCCCACUUUUUUGCAUAGUCCCUCUCCCACCCGCUUCCGUCCCCAUCUCCCGCUCUCUGCCCAGCUCCCAGAUCCCACCAUGAACCUGCAGGCGGUUUCGGGAUACAUUUGCCUGCUUUGCUUUUCCUUCGGGAGCACGGCGCAAGGGAAUCUGCAGCCAAUUUCGUUCCAGCCCGGGAUCCUGUAUCAAUACCACUACACCCUGGAUGUCCAGCUGGAUUAUGUGUCCCAGCUGUCCCUGCAGGGAAGCUGGCUGAAGGCUGAAGCUUUGGUUCAGGUGCACCGACUCUGGAGGCAUCAAGCAGGGGAAGAGCUUCUCCAGGUGCAGAUCCAAGACCUAAAAGCCCAGCAUGCACCGGAGCAUAAGACGAGUCACAAUGGUGCUGGAGACCCAUUUGUGGAGAUUGCACUGAGCCAGGAGACCCAAGCCGAGCUUCAGCAGCCGGUUUUCAUCUCCUGGAACAGUGGGAAGGUCAAAGCCUUCUACGGAAACGAAGCAGAAAGUCCCCUGAUCUCUAAUCUGAAACGAGGCCUCAUCAGUCUGCUCCAGGUCCAGCCCCAUCCUGGCACAGCAGUGGAGGAGGAUGUUUCCGGGAGCUGCCAAGUCACAUACGCCGUUUCCAACGAUUCAGCCAUAAAGACAAAAGAUCUCCUUAGGUGCACAACGCCGCAAUUUGGAUUUGCCUCCGUAAACAAAAUUUUUGGAGUCCAGUGGCAACCCACCAGCAAAAGUCUCUACUUGGUGAAAGACAGCCUCAUCCGAUCAGUGCUCGCAGAGGAAAGCCACGUGGUGUCUCUGAGCCUGAGGUCCACCACUGGUAUCAAAAUCAAUUCAAGGCAACAGCUCGAGCUAGUGUCUUCUUCGAUGCCUGGCCCAGCAGAGGUGCCCGGACAAGGCCUUGAGGAAGCGCUGGCUAGCACAGAGCAAGAGCGUCAGCCCCUGGGCAUGGCCUGCCUGCACUACCAGAGGGUCUGCACCCACUGCCCUUCGCUCAGAACCUAUCUGAAGACUUUUGACAGCCAGAAAGUCAAAAUGGACAUCGCUGAGGUGUCAACAACAUGGCAGUUCCAGAGGUUCGUCCAGAUGCUGCACAGAGCAAAGAAGAGAGAUAUCCUGCAGCUGCUGAGGAAAGCUCCAGAGGAGAUGGUCCCCUUCUUCGUCGAGGCAGCGGUGGCCGCCCAGUCAGCAGCAUCCUUGGCAGCUCUCUCCGACUUCCUGGAUUUCGGCAAGGCUCCCAAGUCCCUGCUGGAGAAGUUUCUCUAUGCAGCAGCUUUCUCUCCCCGGCCUUCUAGAGAGCUUCUCAGCCUGGUGUUAGACAAGCUCCAAGGGAAGCGGCUGGCACCAGAGAUCUGGGAGACGGGGAUAGUUGUCAUAGGCUCUCUCGUCAGCAAGUUGUGCCAGCAGAAGCUGUGUGGAUCACAGGAGGUGGAGCGUGGAGUGGAAACCAUCCUGCAGGGACUAGGAGGCGCCAAGGAGGAGUCCGAGCUGGUUAUCUACCUGGUGUCCCUGAGGAACGCUUUGCUGCCCGAAACCAUCCCCACCCUCCUGCGUUAUGCCGAGGAAGGCCCUGCUGCGGUUGCGGCUGCAGCAGUCGCUGCUCUGCAGAGGUUUCCCACGCAGCACAUCUCCAGCAAGCAGGUGAAGAGAGCAAUGAGGAGGAUUUUCCAUGAGAAGAGGAAGAGCUAUGAAAAAACAUGUCGCCUGGCUGCUGCGGAAAUCCUCUUAGACAACGAGCCUUUGCCCAUGGAUGUCAUCAACAUCCUCCUGGCCACUAAAGAGCUGGAAACAGAAACAGCAACGUUUCUGCAGCUGAAGGUCCAGAACAGUUUGCAUGCUGACCACCACCCAGCAAGGGGGGUAGUGAAGGAUGUCAUGAGAGACCCACGGAUAAAUAACUACAACUACUUCUCGAGAGCUGGUGCCUCCUCUGCCUUCUCAGGACCCCUGACAGUCACCCAGGACCUGCUUUCCACCUUUGGGCUGGAGCUGCUAUUUACAGAGGGUGGAUUCCUGAGAAAGAGCCUCUCCGACUUCUCGCUGCUCAGCCGUGGCCAUCAGCUUCACGUGGCUCAGGUCACUAUUGAAGCACAAGGGAUGGAGUCUAUGCUGGGAGAAAGCACCCUAGAAGGAGAAGAGGAGCCAGAGCUCAUGGCUGGGAUGUCUGCCACUUUCUUCGACGUUCAGUUGCGGCCGAUUGUGUUCUUCCAGGGAUAUACGGACUUAAUGGCCAAGGUCCUGUUAAGCAGCGGAGAACCCACAAGUGUGGUCAGAGGGAAUCUCCUGCUGAUGGACCAUCGCCAGGUCAUUCCACUACAGUCUGGUCUACAAGUGGUGGUCAAACUCCAGGGUGGGCUUGGGCUUGACAUCUCAGCCAACAUGGAUGUGAGCAUAUGGGAGCAGGAACUGAAAACCAGCAUCAGCACAAGAGGAAGUUUAGCCAUCGAUUUCCAGGCAGAACUAGAUGCCCCUUCCUUCCAAGCCACCGUGAGAAGCCAGACUGAGAUGGAGACCUCAAUCCACUUUGACACGGUCCUGCAGUUUUCUGCGAGCCCUGUGCUCAUGUGUCUGCAGCUGAGAGAGGACCAGGUCCCAUACAGAGAGAUCUUCACAGUUUCCAAAUCUGCUGGGAGCCAAAGCAGCACUGUGCGAAAAGGCCGGCAGGGCACCAGGGCCGGGCGGGAGUUUGCCUUGCAUGGGGCCAACUCCAGGAUGUGCAGCCUCCUGCUGACAGCAGAAGAAUAGGAGAAUCGGCAUGUUUCGGGCCUGGGUUACUGCUCCCCUCCCACCACGCGCCCCAGUUCCUCAACGUGAGCUGCCAAGGGCCCUGCUGCGCUCCUACGCAACCGUCUUCCACUGACAAUAAUAAAAAAAAAAAGAAAAGGAAAAUGAUGAAAUCAGGGCAUAAGAAGAGUCCAGGAGAGGAACUGCUACAGAACAGCAAGAAGCAAUCCCUCCCGUCCUGCGCCAGGGCUCGGGGAUCUAGGCCUGUCCUGCAGCCCCGCAGGUUUGUCAGCCUGAACUCUUCCUCUUCAUGGAGAAGGGCAGUCUGGAGGUGUAAAUGGUCUUCAGUGAGCCUUGAAAAAACCAGCCUUCUUUUGCAAAUGAAUGAGUUUCAGAUAGCCUGAGAGAGGGUUCUGCAAGACGACACCGGAAACACUGCCUUGUUUUCUCCGCACUUAUCAAAGCAGUCAGGAGGGAGCACCUCUGCAGCUGGCAGGGAGCAGGUUCCCCAGAGAGAAAGUGAAUGCCCCGUCCUUUAAUGCCUGGUUUUGUGGCUGCCAGAGAGUCCAGGGAGGAAGAAAUUUUCAUUUCUGGGGGAGGUGCAGUGUUGUUUUUUUUUUUUUUUAGUACAACCACAGAGACAUUCACCCCAGAAUAAUCCUCAGAGAGAGAGAGAGAGAGCGAGCAGCACGACAAAAUGCUGCAUAACCUGUUGGUGUAUGUUCUUUCCAGCAUAAUUGAAGGCGUUUGCAUCUAUUUGCAGAAGAAGGCAACUCAGCUCCGUCACAGCUUGUCGCCAUCGUCUUAUCCCUGUGGGCAAUUUGAACUCUGUUGCCAGGGAUAUGGCUGAUGUCACAUCAGGCAGCAAAGAUGAGACAAGGAAAGGAACAGCUUAUACUUCAGAGAGGUCAGAGUCGCACUUGGUGCAAGGAAAAGGAGCGAGGCAGCUUAGGAAAAGUUGGACAAAAAGGACUGCAAACUAAAGCACAGUUAAAACAGAGCAGAGGAAACUCUAACCUAUGGCAAGAGUCCCUCCUUAAGAGCACGGACCAGCAAUCUCAAGCCUCAUCUUAAAACAGCCUGAACCUUAGCGAGUGCGAAAAGAUGCUGAAGACCCACUGGCUGCCAGUGAAAAGUGGAAGGAGACAGGGAGUCUGGAGCAGGAACUGGCUCAAGGAAAAGGGAAGAGACACUGGUGGGCCCAAGGCAUUAGACCAUCUCAGCACACCUCUGCAUACCCCCUCGUGAUGCUGAUCCGCAGAGAUUGCUUCCCGUUCUGGUGUUCACACUUGCAUUUUUUCCCCACACGUUUUCUCCCCCUCCAAGAAAGGCUACAAGGACCAGCCAAGGUCAUGAAAGACACCUUGCAGUGAAAAACUGCAAGAGCACAAGCAUUUCAGUUUGCAAAGACCGGACUUAAAGAGUGCCGUGAUUAUCAGGACUGCCAGCAUGGGGUGAAGACGCUGGAAGUAGAGAGGUUACUAUUCCAACAGGGGUAGCACACAGAGCUGGAUCUGAAGUCAGCAAUGCUCAGUCGAGGAACAAGACGAUUUCAAACCACCGCCCCAGGCUGCCAAGAGGUUUGGAAAACUCUCCAUCCCUUGGGUAUUUUUUCUAUGAGUUGUUGUUAGUUCAGUCCCUGUUAUCAGGGCCAAACACGGGUAUCGGUUGCCGUGGAGAGCAAAGCACCACGUUUGACUGAUGCGGUCCUCUCUGGGUUUGAGAAUCCGUCACAGCAAGUUUGGCCAAGGUAGUACAAGACCAUUACUUCAGGUAAUCAUCCUUCAGUGCGGACAUUAGUCAACCAGAACUGGAAAAGCUAAGCUGAGGGGGGGCCACACCUCCACCCUGUCCCUUUCUGCUCUCUAUGGAAGCCAGCAGAUGUUAGUAGUAUAUAUAUUUUGCUUAUGCGUACAGAUUCAAAAUUCAUAUAUGGAGGGAUGGCUUCUGUCUAGAGCCUCUUCUUUUUGAUCCAAAGUUUACAUAUUAAAGGAGAAGCCUCUGGUCUCUCUUAUCGCCUGAACAGCAGUUCCUCUUCUCUUUCAAAUGAGGCAGUAGAUGAAGAUAAGAUCACCUCAUCCCUCCAUGCAGAAGGCAGCGUUCCAGCAACAAAGAGAUACAGCAGCUUCCCUUUUCUGCUUAUAUUUGGGCACUUUUGGUGACAACUCAUGAAAGUUACAAUUAACUUCAAGUAAAUAUUGUUCUGCUGUUUUGAAUUCUCCUCUCAAGCCUGACUUUUAUCUGCCAGAAAAGCUGAACAUCCCUUCAGCACCGGAGGGAGGCUUACAAGGCAAAGCUAUAUUUCUUCACCCCUUUCUGAUAACAGCGCCUUUGAAACACUUGUACUUUUUUUUGUAUUAGAAAAUACACUUUUUAGGAAGAUGAGGGACAUUGAACAUUGUCAAAAUUGUGAACCUGACGUAAAUGCAGCACAGGGGUCUCCUGGUUUUUGGAGAAGAAACGUGGCUGCUUUUUCAUCUGCAGACACUAAUUCUGAGUGCAGUGAUUACGUACAGA